AUGUCUGGCAUAUCACCAGACAUCAUAUCCCGUAGGCUCAGCGUCAAUCUUGUCGUCCGACCUGUCCAACAAAAGCAUCGCGCUUACGACCCUGAGCGCUAUGAGGCCAUGAGGGCGGAGGUGGAUCGGUUGAGUAGUAUCGGAUUCAUCAGGGAGGUUGACUAUCCCACAUGGCUGGCUAAUGUCGCGAUGCUGGUCGACGCCACAGCUGGCCACGCCCUUCUUAGCUUCAGGGAUGCUUACUCAGGUUACAACCAGAUCUUCAUGCACCCCGAAGAUCAGGCCCACACCUCUUUCAUUACGGAUCGUGGCCUCUACUGCUAUAAGGUGAUGCCCUUCGGCCUCAAGAAAGCCGGGGCUACUUAUCAGCGUCUGGUGAACCACCUCUUUGCCCCACUGAUUGGCAACACCAUGGAAGUAUACGUUGAUGACAUGCUGGUCAAGAGUCGCACAGCUGACAAACACAUCCCUAACCUCUCUGCCAUGUUCACCAUCUUGAAGCAGUAUAAAAUGAGGCUCAACCCCACCAAAUGUGCAUUCGGGGUGGCUUCCGGCAAAUUCCUUGGCUUCAUGAUCAGCCAGAGGGGUAUUGAGGCCAAUCCAGAAAAGAUCCAGGCCAUCUUAGACAUGACAAUACCUAAGACGGUCAAGGAUAUCCAAAGCCUUACAGGGCGUGUCGUAGCCCUGACCAGAUUUAUCUCCAAGGCCACCGACCGCUGCGCCCCAUUCUUCAAGGCACUUAAGGGCAGCAAGCGAAGCAUCACCUGGACUGCUGAAUGUGGCAUGGCUUUCAGCGAGCUCAAGGAGUAUAUGGGCCGGGCCCCUUCAUUGUCAACCCCUGAGCACGGACACAUCCUCGUGAUUUAUCUCUCCGUCUCAGUUUCGGCAGUUAGCUCUGUGCUCAUCCGAUCAAGGGAUAACGCGGAGCACCCAGUGCAUUAUGUUAGUAAAGCAUUGCAGGAUGCCGAAGUCCGGUACCCAGACAUCAAAAAAUUGGCGUUCGCCUUGGUCGUCUCGGCUAGACGCCACCGACCAUAUUUCCAAGCUCACACCAUCCAUGUCUUAACCAACCAACCGCUCCGACAAGUGUUGCAGAAACCAGAAACUUCUGGGAGGCUGGUUAAGUGGGCCAUUGAACUUGGCGAGUUUGAUAUUCAUUACAAACCCCGCCCGGCUAUAAGGGGGCAGGCCGUUGCUGACUUCUUAUCUGAAUUCACGGAGCCCCAAGCUUCAGCAGCUACCCAGCUCAUAACCAAACCCAAUCUCCCUCCGAGCCAGGACCACACCGCCAGCAAAGGCACUUUCGACCUGACCCAGCCCCUAUGGACUUUAUUUGUGGAUGGCUCUUCUAAUGCCCAGGGGUGUGGGGCCGGCCUCGUUCUCAUCUCUCCAGACAAGGUUGCCCUCGAGUACGCCCUCCGCUUCAAAUUCCAAGCCUCCAACAAUGAGGCCGAAUAUGAAGCACUCUUAGCUGGUCUUCGACUAGCCAAAGAGAUGGACGCCAAACAAAUUCAGAUAUUCAGCGACUCACAGCUCGUUGUCCAUCAAGUCAACCAGGACUUCACGGCCAAGGAUGCCUCUAUGACGGCUUACCUCCAGCACGCCCGGCACUUGCUGGCAACCUUCCACGUCCACUCUAUAAACCAGGUGCCACGCUCUGAGAAUAGCCAUGCUGACGCAUUGGCCAGGUUAGCAUCAGUCUUGGAGCAGGGCAUAGGUCGCCACAUCCACAUCGAAUUCUUGGCCCAGCCCAGCACACAAGCCCCACUCAUCUAUACCAUUGAUCACAGCCCUACAUGGAUGGACCCCAUCCUCCAGUUUUUGCAGAACCAAACACUACCGGCUAAUUCGGCCAAGGCACGACGCGUUCGCCAUCGCUCUGCCCAAUACCUGAUCAUUAACGGCUCCCUAUACAAGCGGGGUUUCAGCCUUCCUUACCUCCGAUGCCUGACUCCAGAGGAGGGUCAUUAUGUCCUUCGAGAAAUCCAUGAAGGCAUCUGCGGCAACCACUCGGGCGCACGCUCACUGGCCCAUAAGGCAAUCCGCCAAGGAUACUUCUGGCCUUCACUCCACACUGACGCCCAGGCCUUCACCCAGAAAUGUGACAAGUGUCAGAGAUUUGCCAACAUUCCACAACUCCCGGCAGAACCAUUGACUGCCAUGGUUUCCUUGGCUACCAAAAAUCCUACCGAAGGUACCCUCGGCCCUACAUGGGAGGGUCCUUAUGAGAUUAUCAAAAUCUGCCGCCCCGGCACUUAUCAGCUUCGCGAUCCCACAGGCAAGACGCUGCCUCAUCCCUGGAACGCUGAUCACCUCAAGUACUACUACAAGUAA